UGAGCAAAGCCCUCAGUGCAAACUCUAAGGCUCUGUGAAGGAAAUCAUUCUUCUUAUGAAUGUGACACACACUCUCUUCAGUUUCCAUAUGCUGAGGUUAUACUUCUUCAUCAGUUUGAUGUGCUUGGUGAGAUCAGCCACAGAUGAAACAUGCCCUUCUUUCACGAGACUGAGCUUUCACAGUGCAGUGGUUGGUACAGGACUAAAUGUGAAGUUGAUGCUCUAUACAAGGAGAAACCGGACCUGUGCACAAGCUGUCGACUCUGCAGUUUUGGGGAACUUGAAUGUGACCAAGAGAACCACCUUCAUCAUCCAUGGAUUCAGGCCAACAGGCUCCCCUCCAGUUUGGAUAGGGGACUUAGUAGAGGGAUUGCUGUCUGUAGAGGACAUGAACGUGGUCGUUGUUGAUUGGAAUCGAGGAGCCACAACUAUAAUAUAUACCCACGCCUCCAAUAAGACCAGAAAAGUAGCAAUAAUCUUGAAAGAAUUUAUCGACAAAAUGUUGGCAGAAGGAGCUUCUCUUGAUGACAUUUACAUGAUUGGAGUAAGUCUAGGAGCCCAUAUAUCUGGGUUUGUUGGAAAGAUGUUUGAUGGGCAGCUGGGAAGAAUUACAGGUCUCGAUCCCGCGGGCCCUUUAUUCAACGGGAGACCUCCCGAGGACAGAUUAGAUCCCAGCGAUGCACAGUUUGUUGAUGUCAUCCAUUCUGACACUGACGCGUUGGGCUACAAGGAACCAUUAGGAAACAUAGACUUCUACCCAAAUGGAGGAUCAGAUCAACCUGGUUGCCCCCAAACAAUAUUUGGAGGACUUCAGUAUUUUAAGUGUGACCACCAGAGGUCUGUCUACCUGUACCUCUCUUCCUUGAGGGGGAACUGUACUAUCACUGCAUAUCCCUGUGAUUCCUACCAGGAUUACAGGAAUGGCAAGUGUGUCAACUGCGGUACACCACAGACGGAGUCCUGUCCACUUCUCGGCUAUUAUGCUGAUAACUGGAAAGACUAUUUAAGGAAGAAAGAUCCUCCUAUGACUAAAGCGUUCUUUGACACAGCCGAGCAGAAACCGUUCUGCAUAUAUCAUUAUUUUGUUGAUAUUAUAACUUGGAACAAGAACAUAAGAAGAGGGUCCAUUACAAUCAAAUUGAGAGACAAAGCUGGAAACACCACAGAAUCCAAAAUCGAUCAUGAACCUGCAAUAUUUCAGAAAUACCACCAAGUGAGUCUGCUUGCAAGAUUUAAUCAAGAUCUGGAUCAAGUGGCAACCAUUUCCUUGGUGUUCUCUACAGGAUCUAUAGUAGGCCCAAAGUACAAACUCAGGAUUCUCCGAAUGAAAUUAAGGUCACUUGCCAAUCCAGAGAGGCCUCAGCUGUGUCGGUAUGAUCUUAUACUAAUGGAAAACACUGAAACAGUCUUCCAACCUAUUCUUUGCCCAAAGUCGCAGAUGUAACUAUCGUCAGGACAUGUGGGCACCAGCAACAUCAAGAAAGCUAUGGCAGGCUUUUUUAAA